CACUAGGGCCGCGCCGCCCCUAUAUGAAGCAAGUGAGGCGCUGACUCGUUCCUUUUUCCUCCCCACCCUUCGCCGACGCUGAGGUGUCUGUAGAGCGCUCCGGGACUUCAGCACCAAGCCCGCAGCCACCAUGAUUAUCUACAAGGAUAAGCUCACCGGAGAUGAAAUGUUCUCAGACAUCUACCCGAUUAAAGAAAGUUGCAAUGGGCUGUGUUUCGAGGUUGAUGGAAAGAUAGUCACCAGAGUUGAGGGUCAGAUUGAUGCUGCUCUGAUUGGUGGCAAUGCCUCUGCAGAGAUCGCAGACGAAGGAUCGGAUACAACAACUAUCAGUGGGUGUGACAUAGUAUUAAACCACAAACUUCAGGAAACUGGCUUCACCAAGGAGUCAUACAAACAGUAUAUUAAGGACUAUAUGAAAGCCAUCAAAACCAAACUUGAAGAAGAUCAUCCAGACAGAGUAAAGCCUUUUAUGACUGGUGCAGCAGGAAAAGUCAAAGAUAUUCUUGGAAACUUCAAAAAUUUUCAGUUUUACACAGGAGAGUCUAUGAAUCCUGAUGGAAUGGUGGCUCUUCUAGAUUACCGUGAGGAUGGAAUAACACCCUAUUUGAUUUUCUUCAAGGAUGGGCUGGAAAUUGAAAAAUGCUAAACACUUGGUUCAUCUGUCCUAACAAUCUGCUGCUUCACAUCCAUCAAAUGGGAUUAAGCAAAGUCUCAAGACCUUCAAACUGGACUGUUAUCAUCAUGCUACGUUUCUUUUGACCAUAAAUUAUUGGAGUGGAGACAUUAUUUUUAACUUGUCCUAUAGUCCAAAUAAAGUUGUCACGCUCCACUCUAA